GCGCGACGAACUCGCGCCACGUUUUAAAGAAUCAAAGCGAGGAAUUUAAACGAUGAGACAUAUGAUUGACAUGUAUCAAUGACCUUGUCUUUUAGAGUUGGGGGGCGUAAAUCAUUAAUGAAUUAAGUCAGUAACGGUGGGAGAUAGCAACCCUCCAACCGCUCCAGUCGCUCAAAUACCCAUUUCCUGAGUCAGUCGGCACAACUCUGGUCUAUCGUGAAGUAUAGGAUGUUAAAGUGGAUUCCAUUCAAAAAAAUCGAAAAGAUAUCGGAAUCAUUGUUGUAAAGAUCAGUAAGAAUGAUGGAUAGCAGUGGCGAUAGUAGCAAUAGACUCAUGCUUGACGAUAUCCGUGAAUUAAUUACCGAAGAUGAGCCUAACGUAGAGAUUGAUAGUUUAGAAGAAGAACCAGGAUCGGGACGAGGAGAUAACUAUACUUCGAUGUUGUACCGGAUUCGGGCAAAGGGGCGCAAACUGUUAAAAAACGAGGAAUACAUUAAUUACGAGUGUGCUAUCAUUUACAAGAUAUUGCCGGAAUCCAAGAAACGUCGUGAGGCAUUUAAAAGUGAGUUACUAUUCAGGAAUGAAGUCGUGUUUUAUAAACAUGUAUGGCCCGCGCUGAAUAGGCUGCAAUCGAACGGUAAAAGAGUAUUCAGCGGAGUACCCAAGAUAUACGCCGCUAGAGCCGAUCUUAUUGCCAUGGAAGAUUUGAGACAGAGAGGUUUUAAAAUGGCAGACAGACGGAAAGGAUUAAAAGUGGAGAAUCUAGAGCACGUGUUGCAGGCUCUAGCAGGCUUUCACGCGCUUAGCUUGACAUUAAAAGAAUCCAGGCCGGAAGAAUUCGCGAAUUUAACGAAUCCGGAACAUGAUCAAGCUAUAAAAGAAACGUUAUUUCGACGAGACAACGAAGAUUGGUACCGUCAGUAUUAUCGCGUGGCCGUGAAUAACGCCAUCAUGAUGGUGUCUGAAGCACUUCCUUCGCACAUGGACUACAGAAGACAGGAAGUAAUGACAAAGUUGCAAGCUUUCCUAAAUGAGGACGUAUUUUUUCGCACUAUGAGCGAACUCGUCUCCGCGCAAGGACCUCUCUCCGUAUUUUGUCACGGUGAUUGUUGGACCAAUAAUUUCCUCUUUCAGGAUGAACCAAGCUCAGAUACAGAGGCCGUUUAUCUAGUUGAUUUUCAACUGACGCGGGUCGGUUCACUCGCUCUUGAUCUUGCGAACUUGCUAUACUGCUGCACGAGUGGUGUUGUUAGGCGGGCUUACAUGACACAGCUUCUCCAGCACUAUCAUUCUCAUCUGAUGUCCUUCUUGCGCAUCCUAAAUCCAGAACAGCCGCCAAAAGAUCCAUCUAUCAUGUGGGAAUUAUUAAAAGAAGAGAUGAGGAGAUGUGGACGUUUCGGAUUGGGAUUGGCGUUGGACAUUUUACCGAUUAGUACAUGUGCCAGUGACGAAGCACCGAAUCUGUACGAAACAAGUAGCACGGAAACUAGCGAGGAAAAACAUAAUACUGCAGGAACACCACCACCCGGAGGCGCCGAAUGUGCCCGACUCAUGACUGAUUUAGUAUUGGAAUUGAUAGAUAACGAAGCUUUGUAGAUAAGG